AUGGUUCACUCAGACGAAUUGAUCUUUCCAUAUCUAAAACAUCUAUCGUUGGGCGAGAAUGUCAUCAUCGAUUCGUUAUCUUCCACAGAUGAAGGAGGCAUAUACACCCUUCAACCGAAAUUCAACAUUUUCACCUCCGCAAUCAAAUUAUCUUCUCCGACAACACUAUGUAUAGAUUGGCCCGAAACAUAUGAUAAAGAACGAUCGAGUGAUCCGGACGAUGGAGGGAGUCUGAUAGAUUGGUUUGUACCGGAAUUACUCCACAAUCUCGAUGAAAAUACAUGUAACAUCAAGGAGAUAAAGGUACAUGUGAGGUACAAUAACAUUGGACAUCUGAUAUUCAAAAUAAUGGGAUAUGGACCUGGAUGGCGACCAAAAUCCAAGCUGGAUAUGGUUAACAUGCCAGGGGAAGAAUUGAAGGGGAUUAUCCAACAUGUAUUUUGGAGUGUGGUCAAUGCGAUGAAUGGUCUGAUAGAAGAGGAUCUACACUUCGAUUCGACAAUGAUUGGGGAGCCGUUCUCUUUCUUCUUACUUGAUGAUGAGGGGAAUAAAGAUCAAGUGAUCGAGGAAGUUCUGGAAGAGGUCACGGACGAUUAUGAGGCUCUUUACGAUACCGUUCAAGAUGCUACCACUUGGAAGAGUCAAGAUAACGAAGAUGAGUGGAAGUGUAGGUGUGGAAGACAUAUACCGGACUGGAAAGCGACGAACAUGAAGAGGAGGAGUCCAACGCCAGAAGUAGAGGUGAUGGAUCAUACGCAGAGGAAGAUCGAUGAGUAUUUCAAGCCGUUGAAGAACAAUUCUCAGAUGGGUGAAGCAUGGAGGUGA